UUAGUGGGAGCAAACUCUACCAGAACGAACCUGAUGAGACAUUGCGCGUCAAAUAUCGCACAGAAUGUUGGCUCGAACACUCGGUCUUCCAAGAGCGAAUAUGUGGGCCGCAAGAAAAUAUAUCAUUCAGGCCUCUUAGCCUCCCCUGUCCAAUGUCUGACACCGAACAAAUUAUUCUCAGCCUUUCUGGACUUGAUCAGUCUGAGUUAUGCUGGACGAAGCGUCUGCUGCGGGCAUUGGGCAUAACACUUGCUCAGGUAUUCUCCCGACGUUCGACGCACCUACUUUGUCCGAGUGGUUGUGGUGCCAAGUAUGACAAGGCAAAAGAGUGGAACAUCCCCGUCGUGGGCAUGGCAUGGUUGGAGGAUAUGGCGACGGAGGGUAAAGUACCUGACAUCAGCGAAUAUCUCAUUGGCGACGUUGGCAACCGAGUGGCAAAGGGUAAGGCGAAGGAUAUGCAGAUGGUGGACACUACCAAUGUUAAAAGCAAGCCCGUCCCUCCGUUUUUCGUAAAGAAGCCAAAUCUCUUGCAAGAUCUCCGAACGCCUACUCUCCCUGACAUCGAGCAUGCCCCUCCGGCCACGUUCUUCGGCGAAUCAAAUGGCUCGCUUGACGAUGCUCUGCCACAAUGUGAGCCCGACGAUGGGGCGCGGUUCUCAUCUUCUCCGCCUCCUCUGCCACCGCAGAGUAGCUCACCCCCACUUGAAUAUGUCACUCUGCCCCCUGCACGCCGAAGACCUCGAUUACCAUCUGAAGACUUCAAUCCUCCGGUCCCCUCCCUGGAUACUAACGGACGCAUACCCUCCUCCACUUCACCCUCGCCAAUGAAGCUCCCCCCAAGCUCAGAUGCGCGGCUGACGUGCGAACCCUCACCAGUGCGAGUGCCUCAUCCAAGAGACGUUGCCCGCGAGCUACAAGAAAGCCUGACAACGCUGCUUGGGAAGAGGCAGGUAUCAGAAGAUGAUGUUAUGCGCCCGGAACAACGGAAGGGCAAACGGCCGCGCCCACUGCCGCGCCCCAAGGUUCGUUGGCAGUCUAUAGAAUUCUUUUGUUUUUCAUUCAUUAUUUGUAGGUGCAAUCUCGGCAAGAAUCACGCGAGACCAUCACUAGGGAACCUUCGACACGACUUGUACCACUUCCGCAGCCCAUGUAUUAUGACGCGAUGAGCCUGCUGGACGGGAGCGUGCGUCCGAGUGAGGAUAGUCUGCGCGUGACGUAUGAGGAUCCUGGGCAGGAGGCGGAGAAGCGGAAGCUGAUGGCUUUACUUGGGGAGGAGAAUGUGGGCAAGAAAGGCAGGAAGAAAAGCACGAGGAUAGCGGGCUGUUGAUGUGCGUUCGAGUGCCAGAUCUCUUGUAGUGUAUUAUUGUACUAUCUAGUCUGACCACACUGAAAGAUGGCAAAAGUCUACAGAAAAUGAUGGGCAUUAAUGGGGU